AUGUUGUCAAUGGAAGACAUUGAAGAAACAGAGAUAGACGAUACUCAGCAGGCUUCAACGAGCAUGGCUGAGCAAACAAAACACAGCCCACGAAUACGCUCUCCUAGGAUACAUCCUAAACCAGAAGCAACGAAUGGUCCUUCCAAUCGUCGAUUUUCACCGCAAAAGCAAUCUUCGAGUUUAAAACCUGUGGAUUCAUCUCCCCCAAAGCAAACCUCGAGUUUUCAACGCUCGGAUCCUCCUCCAAAGAGUUCUGAUAAUUCGAAAAGUCGUGAUUCUCCGUCAAAGGUAUCCGAGAGUUCAAAAGUUGGCCGUUCUUCACCAAAUAUUUUAAAUGGCGAUGAUUCGGAUUCGCACAUGGGCACAAAUGGAGACCAGCAUGAAAUCAGUAAUCAGGACCUGUUAUUUGAGUGCGCAAAGAAAGGUGAUGUUGCAGGGAUUAGGAACGUAUUGAAGUCCAAUAACGAAGUCGAUGCGGAAACUGAGGAAGUAUCGGAUGCCGAUAAAGUUAGCGUGGACGUCUACGACCAAGACGGUUUGACGGCUCUACAUUAUGCAGCAAGGGCACAUCACCAUGCAGCCGUCCAAGUCUUGUUGGAAAACAAAGCAGACGUCAGGAAGAAUUCGGAAAGCCAUUUGACUCCACUAAUGUAUGCUUGCAGGAACGAACCUACGUCAAAAAGUCUUAGUGAUCAAGUUUCUACCGUAGAAAAGCUGCUGGAUCGCGGGGCAAGCCAAACUGAUAAGGAUCGAGAUGGUUUUAACGCCCUUCACCACUGUGCCCUCUGUGGACCAUUGGAGAUAUGCCAACUUCUGAUUGAAAAGGCCAAUGGAGCUGACAUAAUAAAUGCGACAACCAAGCAGGGAUGGACUCCGCUUCAUAUUGCUGUAAUGCAAUGGGACAUUGACAAACCAGGCAAAAACAGAAGAAAUAUGGUUGAAUAUUUUAUUCGUAACAAAAAUAAAUUGGAUGAUGAAGAUGAAAAUAAGCGCACACCUCUUCACAUUGCUGCGAUUAAGGGCAACGUCGACGUAGCGAAACUGUUGUUGAACUCUCAGAAAAUUGACGUAGAUUGUAAAGACGAAGAUGGAAACACGCCGCUGAUGCUAGCAUCAAAAUAUGGAAAUAAAGAACUAAUAGAUCUUCUGAUCGGCGAAAAUAAGUGCAAAAUAGUUCAUCAGAAUAAAGAUGGAAUGACCGCACUUCACUAUGCUGCUUUGUAUGGGAAAAAAGAUGCUGUUGCAAAGCUUCUUCAGCGUGGCCCAAAAGAAUUGGUUAACAAAGUUACAAAAAGUGUGCACAGGAUACACCAGAUGCAAACGGAUUUACUCCAUUUAUGCACGCAGUCGCUAAAGGUUUCGAGAAAAUUGUACAGGACCUGAUGGAUUUUGGUGACAUUGAUCCCUGUGUAAAGCUUAGAGACGGAAGGAAUGUAUUACACAUUGUUGCCGAAAGAAACAGAUUAACCGUUUUAAAGAUUUUAUUAGACAAAACAUCCAAUGAUAUCUUGCAAAGGCUAAAAACUGGCCAAAUGUCUUCUAUAAACAAUAUUCAGAAGUUACUGAACGCACCGGAUAACGAAAAAAACAAAACGACUCCCCUGCAUACAGCCAGUCGAUUUGGACACGUGAAAGUUUUUGAAAUACUCCUUAAAUAUGGUGCGAACCCUUUUCUCUUAGACUCCGAAGUGAAAACUCCACUGCAUAUCGCAAGUGAAAAAGGAUUUACAAG